UUGUUCAAUUGUAAACCGGAAAAACGAUCAUUUAUUUUCAAACAUAUUAUUGAUUCUUUAUUCAUUAUAUAUCCCUAUUCUCGGAUCGUGAUGCACUACUACUCGUCGUUCAGUGUUUAAUUAACUGCAGAGUGCGUUCGACGAUUUUACCCGAUGGAUAUCGAUGGAUAAAAAACAUUGAGGAAUCGUUAUCGCGGUCGUCAUACUGCAGAGAUGAAGACCACGCACAGAGCUCUAAGCUUUGACGAAACGUCGAUGGACAGUGGUCCUCAUCUGGAAACGCUUACGGAGGGUUUCGUGAGCAGUUCGAAACGCGAAGUCGUCUGCAAGGUAUCCACCGACGCAGAGGUCACUUCCCUGGACGAAGCUAAAUCGGUUAUCAAGGCUCUUUUGGCGAGACAGCGGGCGCAGGCGCACCAGAUGUUGGACUGGCGAAGGGCUCUUAAAUUACAGGAGGAUCUGGUAGCCAGACUGACGGUCGAGAAAGCCGAACAACUGUUCGCAUUGUCCUCUCAGCUGCUGUUGUUCGAGUCGAAAUUAUCCAGGAAGCAGAAGGAGAUCGAAGCUAGUCUUGCACAGAGGGAGGCCAUCAUUUUGAGACAGCAACAAGUCAUCAGGGAACUGCAGAGCAGACUCGCUGACAAAAGUACCGGCACCAGGGAUUCGCCGCCUUGCGAUGCCCUCGACAGACUUGACAGCCUCGGUGACAGUGACAGCGCCGUUGUUCUCGAGGAAACUGCCGAUGAUCCUGCUCCCCCGAGGUUUCGAUCAAACAUCACGGACGUCACGGUGAUCAGAUCGGUCUCCGACGCGGUGGAACCAUCGAAUAAGUACGCCUCUUUACGUCGCUGCAACGGCUACCUACGCAGACCGGAAAUCCUUGAAACGGUCUACUCGGUCGAGGAGGAUGGCGAUAGUGAGAACAACCAGGAUCCGUCCGAGUCGACGGAAAACUCCGAGUACGAGGAUCGUAGGUCGAAGAGCCUUGGAGGCGGUAAAGGACGUCUGCAGGAUCUGUACGGCAGUUUCGAGAGGCUGGCUCAGGAGGCCGAUUCGCCACCCAGUGAAAGACCCCGGGAAGAGAGUCAACAGGCUCAGGUUACGUACAACAGGGUAAUGAGCAACCACAGAUCCGUGACGAAGCCGAAGGAUGUUAAAUACAAAAGGAUAAACAAAGCGAAAUCCAAAAGUCUGGAGGAACUCCGGGGGCGUUUGAGAAAUUGGGUUGAAAAGGGGAAUAAAAUUGCUAUAUCGCUCGAUCAAUCAUACGCCUGAAAGUAUUAAAUUAAAUUAAUUUUUAAAUGAGAGUAAAGAAUACUUUAAUUCAUAAAAAUAUUGUACUAUUAGAUUUAAGGCAACGUGGCGAUCAAUUUCAACGAUAAUGUGGUACAAAGGUAGACGCUAUCGCAUUUGCCACGAUCUCACUAAUACAGAGCGUACGCGUAGUAUACAUGUAUGGCCGUUCAGAUACCCAACGAUGAAGUUGAAAAAAAGAGGACGAGGCAACAACAAGAUUUCCGUACCUCGGCGGUCUCGCGUAGAUUUUCUGGCCUGGAUUUACAUACAAAGCCGUGAUGAAAGCCCCUUUUGCUAUGUUUUAUAACGCGUGUCAUGUUGUAUAUAUGUCUUUCAAUACAAAUUAUAUCUCACGUGGUGGAAAAUUUCACUCGGAGUCGUAUAUUUGUUAUUAUUAGAAGCUUAAUAACGCGCGUUAAUGGAAAGCAAAGCGAGAAAUGAGUAUUAUUAGCCGUGUAUGUAAAUCUGUGUUAAUAAAUUUACUCGAA